UUUUUUGUUUCGCGCACGAGUGCCCGAGAGCCAAAAGCUGUGGCCAUCUCCUACCUUGGAAAUUUCUCUGCUCUGGCCACCCUCAAGAGGAAGAAGGCAGCAGCAACAACGAAUCCUUGACACCUCGCUCACCGUCGGCUCUCUCUUCUUCUUCUAUCCACCAAAAUUAUCCAGAGACCUCACUCCCUAGCCAUGGAGCUUGUGGUGGGCGCGUCGGAGGCGACGAUGAAGUCCCUCCUGGGCAAGCUGGGCGGCCUUCUCUCCCAGGAGUACACCCUGAACAGGGGAGUCAACGGCGACCUCCAGUACAUCAACGACGAGCUACGCACCAUGCAAUCCUUCCUCCGUGCCGUCGGCAAGGGCCACGGCCACGGCCACGACGACCUGAUGGACGACUGGAUGAAGCAGAUCCGCGACAUCACGUACGACAUUGAAGACUGCAUCGACGACUCCGCCGACCGCCUCCACGGCCUGCGCUCCGACGUCUGCUGCUACUUCCUCGUCAACAGCGUGUACGAGGUCCUCACGUGGUGGCCUCGCCGCGACGUCGCCAGCCGGAUCUCCGUCCUCAAGAUGCGGGCGCAGCAGAUCGGCGAGCGGCGCAACCGCUACGGUGUCAACAACCCGGGGACCGGCGCCGGCGGAGCCCCCACGGGCACUCGCGGCACUGCCGUUGGGUUCGACGCCGCUGACAACCAGGAGGAGAGCCUGCAGCUUGUCGCGUUUAAGGGUCCGGUGGGGGUGGAGGAGCACAUGCGGGAGCUGGAGAAGCCGGUGACCUGCAUCGUUGGGUUCGGCGGGGUGGGGAAGACCGCCAUUGCAACGGCCCUGUACAGGAGAUUUGGGGACAAAUUCCACCACCGGGCCAUGGUCACGGUGUCUCAGAUCUCAGACCUGGGGGGCAUUCUCAGAAGCAUCGACGGUCAAGUCAGGCCGCAGGCAAGCAAUGAGAAGCAGCAAAGCAGCUCAGCCGAGAGCGGUAUCACAGCAGCCAUCAAAGGUAUACGGGGUCACAUCAGCCGAGGCGCGUCAGCCGUCAUGGCCAAGUGCUGCGGCGGCGCCGGCAUCCCCGAGGAAGACAGGGCAAAGCUGGAUCUACUCAAGAAAGACCUCAAGGAGCACUUCAAGGAAAACAGUUACUUGAUCUUAAUUGAUGAUGUGUGGUCUGCAACAACAUUGGACAAUAUUAUAAAUGCACUUCCCGAAAAUAAGGACAGCAGAAUAAUAGUUACUACACGGUUUCAUGCUGUUGCUACAACACGAAGAGGAGAAGGUGACAUUCGUAGAGUUAAAGGUCUUGGUGAUGAGCAAUCUGAGAAGUUAUUUUGGCAGGCUUUCUUGGAGUCCAAAGGAAGUGAAGAUGCUAUUAGACAUGAUCCCCUUGAUGGCAACAAACCCGCUGAAUUACCUAACCAAGCUGUCUCUGAACCUGAAGGUAGCAAAGAUGUUAUUCCAGAUAAGGUCUGGAAGAUGUGUGGAGGGCUGCCGUUGGCCAUAGUUAUCAUGGCUGGUUAUGUGGCCUGCAAUUCACGCAAAUCGGAGAAGGAAUGGUUGGAUCUUUGCAAUUCCAUAUUUCCAGAGUCUGGAAAAGAUCGUGCGAAAGCUGGUGGGAAAGAGCUUACCCAGGAAGAAGUGGGAAAGAUCAUUAGCCAUUGCUAUAAUGACAUGCCUGCUGAAAUCAAGACUUGCUCGCUGUAUUUGAGCAUAUUUCCGAAGGGCCACAGAAUCAGCAGGAAGCGUUUGACAAGGCGAUGGAUAGCCGAAGGCUUCGUCUGUGAGAAGCAGGGGUUGAGUGUGGAAGAUGUCGCGGAGACAUAUUUCAAUCAUCUCAUAAGGAGGAAGAUCAUCCGAGCAGCGGAGCACAGCAGUAAUGGCAAGGUGAAGAAGUGCAUAGUCCACGACAUGGUUCUUGAGCACAUCGUAGCAAAGGCAAGUGAAGAGAACUUCAUCACUGUGGUUGGCGGCAGUUGGGUCAUGCAGCCUCCUACCAGCAAGGUCCGUCGGUUGUCCCUCCAAGGCAGCGAUUCCAAACGUUCAAAGGAUACAGAGAAGAUGAACUUAUCUCAUGUCCGGUCAGUGACCAUGUUUGGGAGUUUGAACAACCAGCUACCUUCUCGUUCAUUCAAGUUUGGAAUUGUACAGGUCCUGGACCUUGAAGGCUGCACGGGGUUCAAACAGCACCAUACAGAGGAGAUAUGCAAAAUGCUUCAUGUCAAGUAUCUCAGCCUUCGAAAAACUGACAUUAAAAAGCUCCCUGAGAGGAUCAGAAAGCUUAAGAACCUUGAGACUCUGGACAUAAGGGGGACAAAUGUUGUUGAGUUGCCUAAUACCAUAUGCCAGCUUGAACGGUUGGUUAACAUACUUGGUGGGGAUAAAACAACACGUGUGGCACUGAAGCUUCCUGAAGAGUUGAAGAAGAAGAAGAUGAAGGCCCUGCGCAUACUCUCAGGGAUUGAAAUCGCUGGGGGGUCUGCGGACUUUCAUCAUUUGACCGAGCUGAGGAAGCUUGCCAUCUACAAGCUUAAAGCCACGAAGAAUGAUCCGAGUUUCAAAGAGUUGAGCUCUUCUAUUGAGUACCUUGGUGGCUACUCUCUACAAACCCUGGUGAUUGACGACGAGUCAUCCGAGUUUAUUAAAUCACUGGAUGAUCUGUCAUCCCCUCCGAAAUUCCUUGUUGCCCUUGAGUUAUCUGGCAAGAUAGUUAAGCUCCCCUGCUGGAUCAAACAACUCAGUUCUCUCAAGAAGUUAACCCUUUCAAUAACAGCUCUCCGGACGGAUAACUUGAAGCAGCUUAGUGAUCUGGAGGCGCUGUUUUCUCUCACCUUUUCCUUUUCGUUUAGAGCAGAAAAACAGGACCCAGAAACACUGACCAUUCUUGCAAAAAACAAGCUGUUGCCCUGCUGCGGAGGGGAGAUCACAGUCCCAGAUGGAGGAUUUAAGAGCCUUAAACUCCUUUGCUUCUCUGCUCCUCUCCUGCCAUCACUCAUCUUCUCAGGACAAGCCAUGCCAGAGCUGGAAAGGCUUGAGCUACGGUUUAACAUACUGGAGGGGCUCUUUGGUGCAGAAAACGUUGCAAAGCUCAAAGAGGUGCAUUUGACGUUGGAUGACAAGGCUGGGGAAGGAAUAACCACAGAGAUAGUAAGCGAGAUGGAGAGCGCAAUGAAGAGGACCGGUGGCAAGACGCCGCAGAUAAUCCUUCAUCAGUGACUAGUUGAGAUGGAGCCAAACUGUGCUGCUUUAUGAGUCCUUGUAAGUUGAGGAUCAUCAUUUCUCUUUACUUGUUCUCAGUGAUCAUCGCAACUAGUCUGGGUAGUUCAUACGAGAGUGUCAAACGGUUCAGUUAUUCUGUUUGUGUUUGAAACAAAUUUAAUCAUCAACAGCAUGACAUUAUUAUUUA